ACAACAAACAUAUCUCUGUGAUUUAAAACACUGUAAGAGCUACUACAAAUCUUCAAAGUUGUUACAAUGGCUGAAUCGCAUACUCGCUCUUGGCUGCUCAUCGUCUUUCUUAUCGUGGCGAUUUUCAUGUGGGCUGUGAUCAGCGCCAAGCAAAUGACUGACAUUUAUUAUCAAGACGACAAAUCGAAUCCUGACGAGGAGUACAUGGAACGCAUAGGACGUGCCAUCAAUCCUUUCAAAAUGCUCUUGAAUCGUGGACCUUCGAAGCACAUUUCAACAGCCUCUGAGAAGGAUAUGGAUGAUCAUAAGCAAGGACACAACAAACUGGUGAACGCUGAUGAGGAUGAGAAGCAAAAGGACAAGGAAGUGAAGCAGGCACUGGAGCAAAUGAUGCUCGAAGAUCAGCCCAUCCUGGAUGCUUCAAAUGCAGAGCCAAAGAAACAAUCACGCGUUGACGACUCCAAUGCAUCGAAGAGGCCCCAGGGAUUGUGGAUGAAGAAAGGAUUGAAUUUGAAGCGCGAGUUCUCCAGCGAUGAGGCCAAUCCAUAUAUUGAUAGUGGUCGCAUCGCCUACGAUAGCUUGCUCUAAGCUAACUCUGGGGCUUUGAAUAGUUCUCAUAUAAUAUAUUUUAUUAUCAACUGCUAAGCAAAAUACUUGUAAUUAAAGCUCCGUUUACUUUCACUCAAA